UUCCAACAUCAUAAAAAAAACUAUAAAACCCCAAGUCCCAGUCGCGUCGCAUAAUUCUCUGCUGCCGUCUCUUCUCUUCGCAUAUGCGCACGCAUAAUAUGGUCGAGUGUGUGCAUUUAGAGAUCUUUCCUGUUCGUCCUUGAUCUACGUUUCUUGGGCAUUCUCGCUGUGCGAUCGAGUUGUUUUCUCCGCAGCUUGAUUGGGGAUUGCUCGAGUUUGAUCCAGGAACCGUUCAGAGUUCGAAUGCGUGGAUCUGCCUGCGGUCAGUUGACCUCCGGCUUAGCAGCUGUAGGUACAGGAUGGCUGCUUCUUUAAUAUUUGGUAUCUAGGUUUUCCUUCUUUUCUCGACGCAGCUUUUUGUGGGGGUAAGGGGGGUUUCAUAUGGUUUUAGGCAUCAAGGGUCUAGGCAAUGGAGGGGAUGCAAGAUGAUGCGGCAGGGGCAUCAGGACAUGGACCAUCAAAUGCAUCUUGGUGGCAGUCAGAAUUUGUGGAGAAAUUCGGAUCCAUUUCUCUUGGGUCACAAGAAGAAACAUCGACAAGUAAAGACUCACCCAGAAAUCGUGAACAAGAUGUCUUGACAUCUAAUAAGGCAUCACAUAUCCUCUGGAGUACUGGAAUGCUUUCUGAGCCGAUUCCAAAUGGCUUCUAUUCUGUCAUUCCAGAUAAAAGACUGAAGCAGCUUUUUGAUACCAUUCCUACAUUGGACGAACUUCAUGCUUUGGGUGACGAAGGUCUAAAGGCUGAUGUGGUUCUUGUGGAUUUUCAGAAAGAUAAAAAGCUUUUUAUGCUAAAGCAGUUGAUUGUUUCGCUCGUCAGAGGAUUAAACUCAAAUCCAGCUACCAUUAUUAAAAAAAUUGCUGGACUGGUGGUAGAUGUUUAUAAACGGACAACUCUGCAUAGUCCGGCAAAGGCUGCACUAGAUGAAAAUUCCCAAUCCUCUGAAAGUCGUGGCAUUCAACUCCUGGGACAGAUAAAGCACGGUUCUUGUCGUCCUCGAGCAAUAUUAUUUAAAGUUCUAGCAGAUACUGUCGGCCUUGAAAGUAGGCUUGUAGUGGGUUUGCCAAGUGAUGGCGCUGCUGAGUGUGCGGAUUCAUAUAAACAUAUGUCUGUUAUGGUUGUGCUAAAUUCUGUAGAUAUGCUGGUUGAUCUUAUGCGAUUUCCUGGUCAGCUUAUUCCUCUGUCAGCCAAAGCAAUUUUUAUGACUCAUAUCUCAGCAGCUGGGGAGAGUGAUUCUGCAGAAAAUGACUCCUGUGAUUCACCUUUGGAGCCAAACAGUCCCCUCUAUGGUUACUCGGAGCAAAAUGAUCAUGAAAGUGCAGAAAAACAUGAAAACUUUCAGUUCCAUAGGAAAUUGGAAGGUUCUCCAAAUAUAUAUGGUCCAUCAUCUAGGAAUAUAGCAUUACGACAUGCCCCUGCAUUAGAGAGGAAAUUAAGUUUCUCAAAGAGUGAACCCAACAUUGCUACUGAAUUUUGGUGGCGUAACCGGAGAAGGGUCAUUGCAGAACAGCAGACUGCUAGUUCAAGUCCUGAGCAUCCAUCGUUAAGAGCACGUACAAGGUCCAUUCUAAGCGGCGAUAGAAACUCAGUCCGAGAUUUCAACGAUGAUGUUGCCACAUCAAGCUAUAAGUCUGAUGGAACACCAAAAGCAGAAGCUAAGAGAAUAAGGAGGAGAAGCAUUAGCAUAACUCCUGAGAUUGGCGAUGACAUCGUAAGGGCAGUACGAGCAAUGAAUGAAGCCUUGAAACAAAAUCGCCUCAUGAAAGAAGGAGGCGGUGAUGGUUCACUUCCCAACUCUUCAGGUGACAGAACUGGGAGCCCUGAUCUCCAUAAAAAGGUAUCUGGUUUCCAUCUUGAUGCCCAUGACCAAGUAUCGGGUGGAAGGUCGACAUUAUAUUCUCAUUCCAGGGAACCACUUCUAGAAUCUCAGAAGGCAAUUUCACUGCCAUCGUCUCCGCAAAAUCACCGGAGCCACUCAACUGAACGGAGGGAACCUCCAGUUCACAAUAUCAACAACGUUUGGAAUGAAGUGCUGGAAUCUCCGAUGUUCCAGAAUAAACCCCUGUUGCCUUAUGAGGAAUGGAGCAUAGACUUCUCCGAACUGACUGUUGGAACUCGUGUUGGGAUCGGAUUCUUUGGAGAAGUUUUCCGCGGCGUCUGGAACGGAACAGAAGUCGCAAUCAAGGUGUUCCUUGAGCAAGACUUUACAGCAGAGAACAUGGAGGAUUUCUGCAACGAGAUAUCCAUUCUCAGCCGUAUUCGACAUCCUAAUGUGAUACUGUUCCUGGGAGCAUGCACAAAGCCUCCGAGGUUGUCGCUGGUGACAGAGUACAUGGAAAUGGGAUCCCUCUAUUAUUUGAUCCAUAUGAGUGGCCAAAAGAAGAAGCUAAGCUGGCGGAGGAAACUCAAGAUGUUGCGUGACAUUUGCAGGGGGUUGAUGUGCAUGCACCGGAUGAAGAUAGUCCACCGUGACCUGAAAAGCGCAAACUGCCUAGUUAACAAGCACUGGACUGUCAAGCUCUGCGAUUUCGGGCUCUCGAGAGUAAUGACGGAUGGAACGGUGAGGGACACCGUCUCUGCAGCUGGAACCCCCGAGUGGAUGGCUCCUGAACUUAUACGCAACGAACCCUUCUCUGAAAAAUCCGACAUCUUUAGCCUCGGCGUCAUCAUGUGGGAGCUUUGCACUCUCUCCAAACCCUGGGAUGGCGUACCUCCAGAAAGAGUCGUUUAUGUGGUCGCACACCAGGGAUCCCGGCUCGAGGUCCCUGAAGGGCCUCUCGGAAGGCUCAUCUCUGAUUGUUGGGCAGAGCCGCAGGAAAGGCCGAGCUGCGAGGAGAUUCUGUCCCGUCUGCUUGAUUGCGAGUAUUCGCUCUGCUAACUCAACGCUCUCUCGUCUCGUCUCUGUUCCUUUCUGUGUACAGAAGUUUCGUGCUUUCUCGGCUAUUUUCCUCCCGAGUUUGUAUAACAAUGGCAUUUUUUUCUUUCCUUGUGGGGGCGAACAACACAAAGGAACCAUCUUUCAGGUUCCCCAGAUCCCGGAGGACAGAGCUCCGCGGAUCAUGUUUUCCUUGUACUUCUUUGUGACAAAACAAAAAGAAAACAUAAUAAGAUCAUAAUAAUACAAACUAUUAAAGGUUA